CAGAUCGGAGGAGGAAGAUGGAGAGCAGGCCGCCAAUGCCAUGGUGCGCGUGCGACAGGGCGGGGACGACGACGACGAUGACGACGGCGAUAAAGAAGGGGCCAUGGAUGCCGGAGGAGGACCUCGUCCUCGUCUCCUACAUCCACGAGCACGGCCCCAGCAAGUGGCGCCACGUGGCCGCGAGCACGGGGCUCAUGCGCUGCAGCAAGAGCUGCCGCCUCCGCUGGACCAACUACCUCCGCCCGGGCAUCCGGCGCGGCCACUUCACGGCGCGCGAGGAGCGCGUCAUCGUCCACCUCCACUCCCUGCUGGGCAACCGGUGGGCGGCCAUCGCGUCGCAUCUCCCCCAGCGCACCGACAACGACAUCAAGAACUACUGGAACACCCACCUCAAGAAGAAGAAGGUCGUCGUCGAGGAACAGCAGCGAGCGGCUGCAGCAGCAGCCAAACGACACGUCGACGACGGCGGCAUCACCACCAGUCGUAGUCCCCGCCUGCUCGCCAAGGACGAUAGCUAUGGCUACGACUACGACGCGCGCCCAGCUGCAGCCUAUCCCUGUACCAUGGACAACGUAUCCAAGCCUCUCAAAGUCAAAUUAGGUUGCAUGAAGAGCGCAUCGUCAUCAUCCCCGCCGGCGCAGGAUGGUAGUAGUAGUAUCCGUCGUCCUUUCUUUUCACUCGACCAAACGUCCGGCAGUACGGCGCCGCUGCCACCCAUCUCCAACGUUGUGCCGCAGCCGGUGUUGGCGGGACAGGGACGACACGGCGGGCGUUUCUUCCACGAGCCGCCCCAGCAGCAGCUGUCCUCAAUAAUGGAGAACUGGUUAUUCCUCCCAAGCAGCAGCACCAGCAGCAGAUGA